UGGUGGCGCUAGCUCAACAAACAGAAGUUGUGCUUAUGAAAUAACGCACUAGAAUUACGUGUGGACGCGACUUCACUGUUUAUAAUUAAAGUGGAAAUUCAUUUGUAUUCGUCAUGUCUAUCGGUUGAACAGGCCGUGCAGGAACGUGUCGAGCCUUCUGUCCUCAAUACCGGCUCAUCAGUGACUCAGUCAUCACCACUCUCACUGUCAUGUCAGUGUCACGUACUGAGCACAUCACGUCAGACCACCAAGGCCCAAGCCGUUUUUCAACUGCCUCCAUAUUUAUAGCUCCAAACUCAAGUUGAAAGUGGUCGGCACCUACAUAGUCCUAGUUCUUAAUCCUAUGGCGUAACGCGUUAAUACUACAGUAGGCCUACAUUCAUCUGUAGCCCUAACUGCCGUAGGAAACUUUUGGAAACAACCCGGCAUCAUUUCAGUUAUUGGGCAAAAGAAGUCGCAAUGUAUGCCUGGCCACUUUUGCAGAGUGCCCAUUGCAAACGGGGCAUCAUGAGAUUUUUAAAAAUUCGGAUGCUUGUUCCAAGCGGAUCCAGAUGUCAGGCCGCCACCAGACAACUCCAUUCCUCAAUCUUGUUUUCAAAACCGCAAUCGGUAACCAAACAGCUACCAAAGUGUUUAAGUUUACCCUACACUAAACGGUUACCCUUGGCAACCUGUUUGGGGUCAUGGAGGACGUAUUCAUCUUCCGAUGAGAAAUCGGACUUGGAUUCGUCAGUUGCUACCAAGGAGGAGACUGCAAAAGCUGUGGUGCCUAAACUAUCAGAAAUGACAAGGCUCAUGUCUCUGGCUAAACCAGAGGCAUCACGAUUAGGCGUUGCCAUAGCCCUGUUGGCUUUCUCCAGUGGUGUGACCAUGUUGGUGCCCUUUGCCCUCGGCAAGGUGAUCGAUGUCAUCUACAGUGGGUCUUACGAUAGCCUUGGUAGCGGUGUCAUGAUGACUAAUCUCACCUAUCUGUGCGGUGUCCUGUCUGCUGUGUUCCUGCUGGGAGCUGGCGCCAACUUUGGCCGUGUGUACCUGAUGUACACCUCUGGCGAGCGUGUGAUCAAACGUUUGCGGGAGUCCAUCUUCAACUCCAUCAUGAAGCAAGAGAUUGCCUUCUUUGAUAAGACGCGGACCGGGGAGCUGGUCAACAGGCUGUCCACUGACACCACGGUCAUCGGCAAUGCGGUCACAACCAACAUCUCAGACGGACUGAGGGCUCUGGCCCAGGCCAUAGGAGGAGUGGGCAUGAUGUUCUAUACUUCAGUUAAACUUGCUACCAUUGUCAUCAGCAUAGUGCCCCCAGUGGCCGUCAUUGCCGUUGUCUAUGGGAGAUUCCUUCGUAGUAUCUCCAAGCAAGUGCAGGACGCACUGGCCAAGUCUACCGAAGUCGCUGAAGAGAAGAUCAGCAGCGUCCGGACUGUGAGGGCGUUUGCGCAGGAAAACCGUGAGAAACGGGCGUACUCUAGCAGCGUACAACACGUUCUGGAUCUAGCGACGAAGGAGUCCUUGCUUUGGGGCGCCUUCUAUGCUGCGAUGGGGCUGUCCAGCAACUUGAUCAUCCUAGCUGUGUUGUAUAAUGGCGGUGCCAUGAUGACUGACGCACAGAUCACUGUUGGGAGCCUGUCGGCAUUCCUGCUAUACGCUGCCUAUGUUGGUAUAUCUGUAGGAGGCAUAAGCUCUUUCUAUUCUGAGAUGAUGAAAGGUCUUGGGGCCAGCACUCGGCUCUGGGAAAUCCUGGACAGAACACCGACAAUUCCUCUCACAGACGGUCUUGUCCCAAAUACCUCCGCUCUUCAGGGGCACAUUGAUUUCAAGAACCUCCAUUUUGCCUACCCACUGAGGAUAGACCAGCCCAUCUUUAAGGAGCUGAGUCUCACAGUGCCUGCAGGCUCAGUCACGGCUGUCGUUGGAUCCAGCGGGUCGGGGAAAUCUACACUUGGGUCGCUUUUACUACGAUACUAUGACGCAGAUCAAGGUCAAAUUUUGCUGGACGGAACGGACGUCAGAACACUGAGCCCUGAGUGGCUGAGAUGCCAAAUAGGAACAGUCAGCCAGGAACCGAUUCUAUUCUCAACAACCAUCGGUGAGAACAUUGCCUAUGGUGCCAACAAUCCAGAAUCAGUCACAUCGGAGGAAUUAGUGGCAGCAGCACGGACGGCCAACGCGCUUGGUUUCAUCCAGGCUUUCCCGGACAAGUUUGACACCUUGGUCGGGGAACGAGGUCUCAUGCUUUCAGGGGGUCAGAAGCAGCGCAUUGCCCUGGCCAGAGCAAUACUCAAGAACCCCAAGAUUCUCAUACUGGAUGAAGCCACAAGCGCCCUUGAUGCAGAGAGUGAAUACUUGGUUCAGGAAGCGCUGCAGCGUCUCAUGGUUGGCAGGACGGUUAUCACCAUCGCCCACCGUCUGUCCACCAUCAAACGGGCCGACAACAUCGCCGUGCUGGACAAAGGCAGCGUGGUGGAGCUAGGGUCCUACGAAGAACUGAUGCGAGUUGAAGACGGCGUGUUUAGGAAGCUGGUAGAGCGACAGACGGUCAUGAACUGACCGUAGUGUCUUUAUCCCAUUGGGACCACUGAUCUCUAUGUAACAACACUGGAUAGCUCGUUGGACUUUCCAAGCUGUACAAACAAGUGAAGCUACGCACUGGUUCCCGAUCCUACCAUUCGAAUGUGGGGAGGGAACCAGUCGCAACCACUCCCAGCGUUCAAAGAUUCUAAAAUAGAACGUCUUAAAGUAUACAAAAAAAACAAAUUUCUAAACAGAAAAUUUACAUUAAAUAUAUUUUAAUUGGUGCCAUUGGGUUUUUUUUUAUACAUAAAAAUAAUAUGUUGAGUGAAACUGAGAGAAGUGUACAUAUAAAUUAAAUGAGAUGUCUUUCUUUACAAAUCUACUGUUCUUGGAGUGGUAAUAUGGCAGACGGUGACUUCACUUCUAACGGCCCUUGGGCCAUCCAGAUUUUUGUAUUUGGAGAUCAGUGAUUGGGAUGUCAGGAGGGGCAGGUGCGACCACAAAGACUUCCUCAAGAAGUCAGAACAUCUUCGUAACCUAGUACUAGUGAAUGGUUUUGGCAAGAUUAAUAGUGACUCUGUAGAGGAACUGUUGAGCGUGUUUUGUGCAGUUUACUCACAACAGCUACUACUACUACAACUCAGACGACCACAGUCCAGCUUUGCAACGGAUCCACCGAUCAUCACGAUCUUCCAUACAGGAGGCAAAUUCACAAGUAUUAUCGGUCCAGUGUCCCUUGAGCACCCUUACAGAGGAGCUUUGUCUGCUACCUCCUCUGCAGGCAGUUCACGGUGACGUUGACACUGUCUGGCUCAAUGCAUCCUCCGAUAAGUCACAUGUCUUCACUCUUUGGAACGUCUCCAUAAAUGACAGAGUGGGGCACAUGGUCUCCACAAUAGCGUCCAUUGAGUUAGGGUUGACUCACAUCAGCCAAGGAAUUGAUACAUCAUGUGCCUGCGCAUUACUGCAUGUGUGUGCGCAUUACUGCAUGUGUGUGCGCAUUACUGCAUGUGUGUGCGCAUUACUGCAUGUGUGUGCGCAUUACUGUGCAGGUUAUCCUUUCCCGAUUGUGGACUUGGAAGAAAGGGUUACCUGAUA